AUGGCUUCUCAUUAUUUUAUCCAUCUCGACUCCAUGCAGGAACUCGCUGAUUGGAACCCCGAACUUUCAUUCAAGCAUCUCACCAAUAUCUCCAAUACCCCGCUUCAACGUCGCCCCACCUUAGCAUCGGGUUUACCGUCAGUACAAGCCUCCGCAGUCACUGUCCCGAGGGUUUUGGUAUGCCACGACUUCAAGGGGGGUUAUCACCCAUCAGAAUCUUCUCAAGGUCGCUGUCCCUUUAGCGAUACAGUUUACACGACAGAAUACCUCCAAUAUGUCUCAACAUUCGUGUAUUUCUCGCACAAGCGGGUCACAAUUCCACCAGCGUCUUGGAUAAACUUGAUGCAUCGCAAUGGGAUUAAAAUCCUAGGAACGUUCCUGUUGGAGAAUGAUGACGGCAAGGAAGAGAUUGCAAGAGUAUUAGAGAAGGGGUCGGAGGGUGAAUUUCUAUUUGCAACUCAACUCGCGAGGGUAGCGGAAACAUAUGGCUUUGACGGUUGGUUGAUAAACUUUGAGUCUAGCUUCCCCACUACAAAGUUCAGCCCGUUACAAGUGCAGAAUUUUCUGAGAGAAUUAAAGAGCGCUACUCAUGCACUUAUUCCCCAAAGUGAGAUCAUUUGGUACGAUGCACUCACAAUCCUCAAUGAAGUCCACUGGCAGAACGGCCUCACCCUCCUCAAUGCUCCCUUCUUCGCCGCCUCGGAUUCAUUAUUCACAAACUACGGCUGGCGUGAACAAGAUCUUUAUCAUACAGCAGCGAUGGCUCGUGCAAUGUUUCGGAUUUCCGAUAUAUAUGCCGGUAUAGACUGCUACGGCCGUGGCUCUCUGGGAGACGGCGGGUUUGGGGUUGGUACGGCGCUUGCAGCGAUCCGGGAUCAUUGCCUAUCAGCGGCGUUGUUUGCACCUGGAUGGACCUUUGAGAAUUUUGACGGGAAGGAUUUCCAGGCCAUUGAUAAACGGUUCUGGCUUGGUGAUGAGAUUUCUGAUCCUACUGUUCCUGGACCCUUGGCAGAUUAUAUAGAAGUGAAAGAAAGCGGCUCUGAGUAUUAUUUCUAUACCAACUUCAACCGAGGCUUUGGGAAUGCCUUGUGGUUGAAGGGAGAGAAAAUCUUGGAUUUGCCAUGGGUUCACCUAGGAACCCAAUCGAUCCUGCCUUCUUAUCAUCACAAGAGGAACGAUGUCUUAAAGUGGGCGUACACCAGUAAACUCGCUUACACAGGAAAUUGGUCUCUUUCCAUCACUGCAACUCUUCCAGAACCUCUACUUGAGGGCGGUUAUCCCGAGUUCUCCUGUCCUCUCUUCAAGCUUGGUGUCAAAGUAACCCAAGAACUGGUCAUACAGUUCUCCUACCAACUACCUGUAAGCAUUGGAGAGACUACCGGCCUUUACUGCGACAUUAUUACAGAUCAAGGAGAGCAAAGAAGACAGAGAUAUGAUCUAGUCGACGCAAUACCAAUCGAGGAGUCCGGGGGAUGGAUUACUGCAUACUCUUCAGUCUUCCCUGGUUUCAAAGAUACGAUUGGCUGUCGCGUUGUAGAAGUCGGACUAUUCUAUCGCGCACCAGUCGCAAAUUCGCAUACAGCCAGAGUAAUUUCAGACUCAUUUCCUAGGCCAGGGAUUCCAAUACAUAUAGCAACCCUCGGUGAAUUAUUACUUACCACGCUGGACACGGAGCAUGAGAACCAGGGCUCCUCUAUUAGCAGCUCCAAUUAUUCAGAAGAAACGGGGGAUUUCGAAGCGGAUAACGUCAAGUGGAGGGUUGAUGGGGUCACCUGGGAGGGUGCUGUUUUUGCUGGGCCGUAG